AUGGUUCAUAAACAUGAAAUUCCGGAACUUGACAAAGAACUAAUUCAAAAAGCAGCCGCUUCGCUUCUCCAUUACGCUUCUAAGCAAAAAAACGAGAAAGACGAACAAAAUAUCUUGGCUGAUCAAGUACAAUUCGUCUGGCUCAUUGUUUCUACUCACAGGUUCUUGGAUAAUAAUAACGACAAACCUGUCAUAAUCCCAAUAAAACAUCCAUUAUACAAUUCGUCGACUGAAAUAUGUUUAUUUACAAAAGACCCACAAAAGGAGUUCAAAGAAUUGGUGGCUACUAAAGGCAUCAAGCAUAUUAAGAAGGUGAUUGGGUUGUCAAAGCUUCGUAAAAAGUACAAACCGUAUGAAGCAAAGCGCAAGUUGUGCGAUUCCUACGAUUUGUUUUUGGCGGACAACAGGAUCACGAAUCUGCUUCCUAUUCCGUUGGGUAAGAAUUUCUUCCAGAAGAAAAAGCAACCUAUCCCCGUGGAGUUAAGGAAACCUCAAAAUCUCGAAAAAGAAAUCGACAAAAUUUGCGGUUCCACCUUCAUGUAUUUUAAUCCGGGAACAUGUCUUGCGAUUAAAAUAGGUACAACGGAUAUGACGGCGUCACAACUAUCCGAAAAUAUCGAAAUCGGUAUACCAAGAAUAGUCGAUAAGAUACCGAGAAAAUGGAGGAAUAUUCAAUCCCUGCUUAUCAAGACAAGCACGUCUACGAGUCUACCGAUCUUUAAUGCCACGCCGUACAAUGUUGAUAUCAUCAGUAAGAAUGAGUCGGUUAACGAAGAAUCCGGAAUUUCCAAGAAGAAAACAACCGUAUCCAACAAAAAAAAAGAUACCGAUAAUAGUAAAUCCACACAAAGAAGACGAACAAGGAGUCAAAGGCAAGAAUAA